UGGUUGGUUUGAUACAUUUCCGAGCCACGUUGCCGGAGUGAGCUUCCUCAGGAUCAGGACGGACGGAUAUAUCGCUGGGCGUUAGCUUGCUGAAGGUGCUAUAUCAUCCAGGUAAUUGACUUAAACCCUCUCCGGGAACGGUGACUGAUUGCGGGUUUGUUUUGCGUUCCAGGUAACGUUGGGGGACAUCCAUCGGCUUCCGGACUGCCAUCACAAAGAGGGAUAAAGAGAUGAGUGUUGGGUUCAUUGGGGCCGGUCAGUUGGCCUUUGCUUUAGCCCGAGGAUUCACGGCUGCAGGUAUCUUAGCUGCUCACAAGAUCACAGCAAGUUCGCCAGACCAGGAUUUGCCCACCGUCGGAGGUCUGAGGAAACUUGGUGUCAAUUUCUCCUUGAGCAACAAGGAGACUGUUCAAAAGAGCGAUGUACUAUUUCUUGCUGUCAAGCCACCCAUCAUCCCCUUUGUGCUGGAUGAAAUUGCUCCUGAUAUCCAGGACCGCCACUUGAUUGUGUCUUGUGCUGCUGGAGUCACCAUUAGCUCCAUAGAGAAGAAACUGUCCUCUGUGCACCAAUUUCCGAAAGUGAUCCGCUUGAUGACCAACACCCCUGUGAUUGUACGAGAGGGGGCUACAGUGUAUGCCACAGGAACACAUGCAGAGGUGGAAGACGGGAACCUAUUGGAGCAGCUGAUGGCCAGUGUUGGCUACUGUGUGGAGGUUGAAGAGGAUCUCAUCGAUGCAGUCACUGGGCUCAGUGGCAGUGGCCCUGCCUAUGCUUUUACAGCAAUAGAUGCUUUGGCAGAUGGUGGAGUGAAGAUGGGCCUCACUCGAAGGCUGGCUGUUCGACUUGGUGCUCAAGCAUUGCUGGGAGCAGCAAAAAUGCUGUUGGAGUCGGAACAGCACCCUGGCCAACUGAAGGAUAAUGUAUGCUCGCCAGGAGGUGCAACCAUCCAUGCUGUACACUUCCUGGAGAGUGGGGGCUUCCGCAGUCUGCUCAUCAAUGCUGUUGAGGCGUCAUGUGAGAGAACAAGAGAGCUGCAGUGUAUGGCUGACCAAGAGACUGUUUCCCCUGCUGCCAUCAAAAAGACCACCCUGAACAAGGUGAAACAGACUGCCUCGAAAGCUGGCAUCAGCCUCUUCAACAAUAAGUACCCAGGAAGCAAAAAACACUAAAUACUGAAUGGUUAUUAAUAUUGACUGACUGGGCAAGCAACAGUGAAACUUAAGUAUUACCAAAGUACAGUUUGAUAUGUAUAUUCAAUGCAGAUCAGUGGCUUUGCUUUUGUAACCACUGUGUACUGAUAUUGAUAUUUUAUAAUAUGAAGGUAAGCAUGCACAUUAAGGUUGGUGAGACCUGCAGUUGACGGUGCUAUCAAUGUGGAAAAUAAUAUUGGUAGUAAUUUUACAGCAGUCUAAUGCUCCCUUUUGCUUUCCUUCUGAAUUGUUCCCUAAUGCAGAAAACCAACAUUGAUUCCUCUUUAUGAAUUUUCCUGACAGGCAACACGUUAGCAUUGCUCUCUGCUUAAAUCAAUUUUUUCUCAUGCUGGCACUAGUCCUAUAAUUCCAUGGACUUCAGUGCUGCUAACGAGUCUUUUCCCUGACUGUGUGUCUUAAAAAUGUCCUUUAUUUAAAAGGUUCCCCUAUACACAAGAUCAACUGCAUUACCUUCUUUGGUUAUCUGUUAUUGAAGAAUUGAAUCAAGUUUGUUGGAUUGUUCUGUGACUAUCACUUCACUUCAAAUGAAAGCUGUGUCCUGAAAAUCAUUUUCAUGUGACUAAGCUCAAGCAUAACCGCAUUAGAGAUUUCUCAAAACGUGACUGUGACAUUUUGUGCAGCUGAAUAAUUCAGCAUAAUGUUUCAUGAAACCUGUACUUAUUUUAAUAUGAAAUGUGGCCUCAGCCUGAGAUUUAGAUUUCCUGUGCACCGUUGGCUGGGAGUGCCCUGACCUUUAAUUUCAAAGACCUUCUUGGAGAUGUACAGUACAGGCUUAUGGACCAUAUUAUGUAGUUGUGAUUUAUGGUAAGAUUACUUCUCUGUCUUCUGGCUUUAAGUGCACAACUGUCAUUUAGACUGAAGCAAAGAUUACUAGUUGGAGUCUUCAAACCUACCCAUCUCAUAUUUAUGAUUAGAAAUAUAAGUUUUUAAUUUAGGCUUGUGGUCAGAUUUCCAACUUCGAAAUGUUUCAGUUUCAAUAGACUUGCCACUUUCUGAAUGUUCAGCUAUAGCAUUGAACAUGUUUCAGUAUGAAAUAAGAAAUGUGAGCUUUUUCGUGUUCAAUAAUUGGAUAAUCUUACAUAUCCCUGGUAACAGGACUGUUAUUUGUUCUGGUAUCUUGUAUACGUUUUUGUAGCUAUAGAGAAGAAACGUCAGGUCAAUUGUGUUUUAUUAACACUCAAUACUAGUGAUGCUAAGGCCUUAUUUGUAUGUGAAUUUUAUACACCGAGCUACAUUCACAUCUUAAAGCUCAGAGCAAAAGACUGAGAGACUUUGAUCUAGUGAAUGCUGUAAAUUCCUGGGAGUGUUUGUGUACUUGUAAUGUUUGACCUAAAGUAGAGAUUUCCGUCCACUUGUCCUAAUGUUUAAUGCAAAGUACUGUCAAUAUGUUCCAGGUUAAUACUCUAUUCUAAAGUAGAAGAUUUAUUGAGCAAAAGCAUAGAUUAACAGUUGCUUGGAAAAUUAUUUCUUUUCAGAAUGAGAUGUCAGGAUGGACCCUUUAUAUACUCUACUACUUUGUAAAAAUAAAACAAAAAACUUCAGAUUUUUACUGCUACAGAGGUUGCUGCUUAUCUAGUAAUGGGCAAUUGCUGCCCUGCUUAUGGUUAGAGGUAUUUACUGAUUUAAAGAAGACAAACUAAAACUUUUUUUUUUAUCUGGCCAGAUUGAGAUCACCAGUGAAUCAUGGUGCAAUUGUGCAAGCAAUUGACUUGAUACUUUAAAAAGUUUACCAAUCUGUCUGUCUGUCUUCUAUCUAACUGUUUCUGAUUGUGUUAGUUUUAUAAUUAUCUGAACUUGUAGAUUAAGUCAAUGGUUGUGAUUUCCAUAUGCCAAAAAAAUGAAUAAUCCUAUGAUUUGGCUGAUUUUUUUUG